AUCACAUCACAACGCCGAGUCGUCCACCCAACCGCAUACCAGGCCGCGCUCGCUCGAGAAGCGAGCGUAGGAAGCAGAGAGUACAACCAUGGAGACGCCGGCUGCCUGCGAGAUCGAGCGCCUGCCGAAGGAUCUCCUGGUGCACGUGAUCUCCCUCACGUCGCCGGGGGACGCCUUCCGCGCCACCGCCGUCUCCCGGGCCUUCCACGCCGCCGCUGACUCCGACACCGUCUGGUCCCGCUUUCUGCCGAGCGACCUGCCGCGGUUCGCCAAGAAGGAGCUUCCCCGCACGCCGCCGUCGACCAAGAAAGGGCUGUUCCGGCGGCUCUCCGACGAGCCCAUGCUUCUGCCGCACAAAUUCAUGCGGAUGCAGCUGGACAAGGCUACCGGCGCCAAGUGCUUCACGCUUUCGGCCAGCGCGCUGCAGAUUCCGCCCUAUGCCAGGCGAGGGAACUGGACACGUGUGGGUUCAGAUUUUGACUACAACAAAAGAGGCAAAAGGUUCUUACAAGCCAUUGUACUCGGCUAUAUACAAGGGCUAGAUAUCCGUGCAAAGAUACAACGCAAGAUGUUCUCCCAAAACACAACGUAUGUGGCAUACAUGGUGUUCAAGCUACCCGAUAGAUUCUACGGGCUCGAUUUCCCGUUCCAGGAUGCAUUGUUUGGCGUUGUUGGGAGCGAAUCCGUACGCCAGGUUUGCCUGCAAGGCUACAUCGAGGAUGGGGAUAGGGCUGACGAGCCGCCUCGAAAACACAUCUUGCCAAGUUGUUAUCCUACUAGGUGUGACAUGAUCCCUCCAGUAGACGAUGUUCAUUUCCCUCGUAAAAAGACCAACGGUUGGAUGGAGGUCGAGCUAGGUGAGUUCCACAAUGAGGAAGGGGACGGUGAGAUCUCCAUUAGCUUAAUCCAGACCUCAAGCCGCAAGUCUAGUCUCAUUGUGUGGGGCAUUGAGUUGAGAAGUAAGCAACAAAGUCCAACAUGACAUUAGGUAGCAUUUGUAAAUUACGCUUAGAUUUUAUAUUAGACUAGUUUCGGUUAUGUGGUUUAUUUUCCCUUUUGCUUCAACAUGUUGUGCCCGAAUUGUUUUUCAAUUUUUUUUGUAGUAAACCGGUGGGACACUAGGAGCACUAUACCUAUCCACGCUGCCUUGUAAAGAGAAUAAUAAUAAAGUUGGGUCACUACAUCACAAUAAUCAAAAAGCAACAGACGGUGCUAAAUGAAGCACCACACAUGCUCCUAUCCAGCGACACUCAGAUAAAUACGGAUGCUAAACACGUUGAACAACUGUAGCGCCUAUAACUCAGAUCUUAUUGAGUGGGAAUGGAGCUGCAAGUUCCAUCAGAUUCAAAUGUUGUUCCACUAUGUGCGAGAUCUAUAGAAGUAUGACGUGGUCUUUAGUGUCAUGCUUUGACAUUUUUUCAUUCUUCUAUAAAUGUGGGUUCUUAAUUUUAAUUAAAAAUUAUUUUGAAUUAUGAAGUACAUUGCAAUGGAUUCUAUCAAUAGUUAGUACUACUUAUAUUGGUAACUUCGGAGUACUAAUUAAUUUUUAAAUAUUUGAGACCGACCUAUGCUAAUCGAAAUGGAUCCGACCACCCAUGCUUCUUUGUUU